AUGGAUUACAACAGUGAAGCUAAUCAAUACAAUAUGGAGAUGGAUGAUAAUGAGAAUGUAGAUAAUAUGGAAGAAGAAAAUCAAACGUCAAAAGAUAAGGGUCUAGAUGAAGAGGGGUUUGAGGAUGAUGACUCUGAUGAGGAAGAUGUUAAAGCUAUCGAUUCGAAUAACCAAGGUCAAUUUAAGGAUGGUGCUCAGAAUAUGAAUGAUACCAUGCAAAACGAAGAACAGCUUUUUAUAAAAUCUGAAGAAAAAUACGAAUACAAUCAGCGACCUUCAUAUAUUAGCUCUACCAAUAAACUAUGUAAAGACACAGAAUCACUUAAAGGGCCACAAAAGUCUGUCAAGACAGAAUCCGA